UGAGGUCCCCUUGUCUUAAUCCCUUCACCCCUGAGAAAUGAACAGUAGUCAUUUUGCGGAGAAGACUCUCAAAAGCUAAUUUUCGCCUUAUACUUGUUUAUGUAACCAACACUAAAUAUAGCCUGUACAAUUUCAUCCCAUUUAACAAUGGCAACUGGCAAGAAUCACAUACCACAUACAUAUCCAUUUAAUAACUAAAUAUAUAUACUGUAAUAAAUAAAUCAGCACACACCCGUUUUAUUCCUUUAAUAACUAAAUAUGUAUACUCAAAUAAAUAAACCAGCAUACAUAUGCAUAUACUAUAUAUAUUAAAGUCAGUUACGAUAAAAUUACUGCUACCAGUACCGGGCUACCAUUAACUUUUAAUUGUUUUGAUGUGGCAAAAUAUGAAACGUUGUUUUAUUAUUGUACCGUUACCAACUCCAGCUCUGGACAAUUAAAGCACUCUGUUACGCCUUGUAGAUAACAGCUCAAGCCGUCCGUAUAUUUCGCCUCCAAAUAAAAAAAUGUCAACGUUAGCCGGCUGUGACUGGACGCCGCGUCAGUAGGUCCCAUAUACCCUUCAUAGCUACGUAAAUUUCGAGCCGAAUUAGAUGUGAUAUACACGCAGAGCUGACUCAUUACCAUAUCACCACAUAUUUCAGUACUCCCUAUAUAGCGCGUGCCUGGUACGGCUGAUCAGGUUUGAGAGAAAGUUCAAUGGAAUGAUGUAUCGUAAUACCACGCGCCUUUGCGAUGGGUGUGUAUAUUGGCAAUCACGUGUCUGCUAGUUUUGUAACGUUUUCUAUGUUUAAAAUAGUUGGAUAACAAUGAUAUUUUCAGUCAAGGACUCCAAACUUUCCAAAUAUCAAGGAAGGACUUCAAUCAUGCUGUCCCUAUAAAUACUUUGCGUCCAUUUGGCUUUCACCGUCAACCAUUGGCUAAAAGGAAAUAAACACAAGCGGUUCUGUUUCUGUGAUAUUUCCUUUUAGUUCUUUCAUUUCAUUGUUUUGAUCUUAAAUCUUAAUUGGUGUGAAGAUGACCAUCCUCAUUGACCAACCUGAGAAUGUUUUACAAACAGAGGAGAGGAAUGCUGUUUCUGAUGAUACGAAUGAAUUGAUAUUGGAUGGAGGGUUUGUGGUGCCAAAAACCAAACCAAAUGAUGGAUUUGAAGUGCCUGAAACCAACGCAUUCGGCCAAGUAUUCAGGGACUAUGAUGCAAAAAGUGAAAGGCAAAAGAGGGUUGAGGAAUUUUAUAGGUUGCAACACAUUAACCAAACAUACGACUUUGUGAAGAAAAUGAGGGAAAAUUAUGGGAAGUUGGAUAAAGUGGAGAUGAGCAUAUGGGAAUGUUGUGAACUUCUCAACAAUAUGGUGGACGAAAGCGAUCCUGAUUUGGAUGAACCUCAGAUUGAGCAUUUGUUGCAGACAGCUGAAGCCAUUAGAAAAGACCAUCCUAAUGAAGAUUGGCUACACUUGACUGGCCUUAUUCAUGAUCUUGGUAAAGUUCUUGCUCAUCCUAGCUUUGGAGGGCUUCCUCAAUGGGCUGUUGUUGGUGACACAUUCCCUCUAGGAUGUGCUUUUGAUGAAUCUAAUGUUCAUCAUAAGUAUUUCAAGGACAAUCCGGAUUCAAAAAAUCCUGCUUACAAUACUAAGAAUGGAAUUUAUUCUGAAGGAUGUGGACUUAAUAAUGUAAUGAUAUCAUGGGGGCAUGAUGACUAUAUGUACUUGGUGGCAAAGGAAAAUGGAACCACUCUGCCUUCAGCUGGAUUGUUCAUCAUCCGCUACCACUCAUUUUACCCUUUACACAAGUGUGGGGCUUAUGAACACUUGAUGAAUGAGGAGGAUACUGAGAAUAUGAAGUGGCUCAAGAUAUUCAACAAAUAUGACCUUUACAGUAAGAGCAAAGUUCGCGUUGAUGUUGAAAAGGUGAAGCCAUACUAUCUAUCUCUUAUUGAAAAGUAUUUUCCAGCAAAGCUCAGAUGGUGAACCCUACAUUUUGGGUGGUCAUGAAAAGGCAAUCAAUUUGGCGUUUGGCUUCUUGCACUCAUUCAAUGGAAGUGUGUCUCAAUCAUCUAGUUUCUCCACAAAUGUAUUACAACAAAAUUGAGUCUGUAUUAUUGUAAUAGUAUUUAAUUUCAUUGCUUUGGCAUUCUUUCAGCUUUAGCUAACUGUAUUGAGCUGAGAAAGCUCCUAUGGUUUGCUUAAAAGUCUUAAUAAAAGAUGAUCCAAUUAAUUUUA